CUCAGCCAAUCCCCGUCGUCCCCAAUCCUGCAGGGGGGGCGAACUGGGCGAGUAGCGCUGUGAAGAAGGCCUUGUCCUCGGCGAAGCCAGCCGGGCCCCCUCCACCUGGACCUUGCGCCGCGUUGUUGUUGUUGGACAGUGCCACCGCCGCUGCAGGCAAGCACGGCCGGGACUCCGGCGGUACCGGACGGUGGGGCCGUCCUUGUUUAACGAAGCCUUGGCGGCCUUAUGCGUGUUAAUGACGAACAGGUGGGUAGAGCCAGGAUAUCAGACGUUCCGGCGCUGGCGAAACCCCACACAACACCGAGAAGCCGAAGCCAAAGCCGAUCCGGCGUCAACCGCGCGCAGCGAUGCCGAACGCCUCGUCCCUUCCACAAGGUUCUCGUCGAAAGGGGCGCUGCCGGCGAGGCCUUUUGGACGAAAUUCAUACUUAACAUCCUUAGCAAGAUCGACCGCCUCCUCGAGAGGUACGACGACUGGGAGACAUUUGCCGCUGGCGAGGAAGUGUACGACGAAAACUGGGAGAACCCGCGGUCGCUGUCCCGGCAGCUUGUGCACCUGCGCAAUUGGUACGAUGACGCGACUGGGUCCAGCGUUGCAGCUGCGGAGAAUGGCGAUGCGGUGGGAAUUGAGGCUGCUGCCGCUGCUGCAAACCCCCCGUCCUCGUCUUUCUGGACCGGACAUGACAACCCUGGACCACGCCCGCACGACGACGAUGACGACGACGAGCCCACCGCCGACGAGAGGAGACUCGCAGCCAUGGAGGCUGAGCUGUGUCAAGUCAAGGCCCGAUACGAUCAGAUACCAAAGUCAUACCUCGCCUGCUUGCAGCCAAGAAAAAAAGCCUCGCAAGCCUACCGUCGUCUCCAGAACGCCAAGGCGGCGUCUGUCGAGGCCGUGGAGCGCGUCAAGGCCAGCAAGGGUCGGCUUCAAGACGUCCAGGCGGCGCUCAACAUCCCAAAGGACUCCCUCAGACGCGCUGGCAGCAACGGCGACGGCAGCUUUGAGGCCACGUUUGCCGAGCUCGACUUGAACCGCCGGACGGUCAAGCAACGGCGCAACGAGGCAUAUAAGACGUGGGCUGAGUUGGUCGAGACGCAUCGCAGCGCGGAUGUACCAGGAAGAGGUCCUCGCACGCCCACCGCCCUUGCUGUCACGGCCGUCGGCCGCGGCGAUCAGUGCCUCAGUCACGUUGCCCGCCUUCUGCAGACUGCUGACCAGGAGGUCCAGCUCGCGGCGCGUAAGACCGACAACCCAAGUCAGAGCCGUGCAGGUGUAGAGCAGCGGGAGCGUGGCGUCGUGCGCGGCCGCCAUACGGACGAGGCUCACGUCAGCAUCGAAUCUAUGACACGUCGUCUACUCGAGCCGGAGGAGGGUUUCGUCGGGUCUGGCGCUCAUGUCGAGGUCCAGACAGGAGUUAUACAAAGGCUCGAAGGCGCCAUCGAAGAGGAUCUGGACCAUCUGGGUCGUCGGUCUUGCUUGGCCCCUGAGGGUCUCGUCGGGCCGAAAACGAACAUGAAACUACAACGCGAUGGGCGGUUGGUGGUCGUCAUUGUUAUUAUCGUUGUCGACGGGGGCGCUGUGGCUGUGGUCUUUGUCUGAACGUCUCUGCAAGUGUCGGGUACGCGCUGCUGCUGCCGUCUUUGGAGUUGGACGGGAGUGGGGGACAAUGAUGGGGACGACGCCGUCGAACUCGUCAUAGUUCUACGUGUUCCCGAGGGAUGCGAGCAUAACUGAUGGUCGUGAGUGACAUUGGACGGGAGAUAGAGAGAGAGAGAGAGAGAGAGAGAGAGAGAGAGAGAG